UUCCGAUUCCCCACCCGAGUGGCGCAUCCGAGUGUCAUUUUAUCUCUGUUUCAUAUCUAGUUAGUGAUAAAGAUAAAAGUAUAUACCCGGGUGAGGAAUCGGAACAUAGCUCUGUCAGUGAACUUCGAAACCGAAAAGAUUUGCGAACUGUUGCGAACGCCGCUGCGAGAAACAUGGCCGCGGUGACAAGCUGGUGACACUUUGAUAUGGGAUGGGCGUCGCGUUAAACGAGGAUCGCUGUUUUUUUUCCUUCCGCCGUAAUGAUAAUGAAUAGUGAUACCGCGGCAAAUAAACAUGGCGAUCAUUUGAUACCGCAGUCGAUUACUUGCCUGUACGAGGAGCAAUUUCAACCGCUGCUCUUACUUGUGCGCGAGAGCGUGCAGGGCUAGCGUUACGCUUCCCCGUCUCCGUGUACAAUACCGACUUCCUCGUGUGAAUCACGGAAGAAGCGAACGCGCGUAUCGCGGCAAAACCAUCGUACGCUGCGCGUGUGCAAUAAAUCGCGUCCUCGUCGGUUAUAUCGUCGUCGACUGGCCAAGUAAUCCGGAGUUUGCGGCGCGGUAAAAUCCAGAGAAGAGCGUUGUGUAUGUUAAGAUGGCCCGGGAAUACGAUCAUCUGUUCAAGCUGCUGAUUAUAGGCGACAGCGGUGUAGGUAAAAGCUCGCUGCUUCUGAGAUUUGCUGACAAUACUUUCAACGGUAAUUACAUAACUACAAUAGGAGUGGACUUCAAGAUACAAACUGUGGAAGUGGAUGGUGAACGGGUAAAGCUGCAAAUUUGGGAUACUGCUGGACAAGAACGUUUUCGGACAAUAACUUCAACUUACUACAGGGGGACGCACGGCGUUAUUGUUGUGUACGAUGUUACCAGCGGUGAUACCUUCGCGAACGUUAAACGGUGGUUGCAUGAAAUCGAUCAGAAUUGUGAUGUGGUUAACAGGGUACUCGUAGGAAAUAAGAAUGACGCACCUAAUCAGAAAGUGGUGUUAACCGAAGACGCACAAAGAUUUGCCAAUCAAAUGGGAAUUCAGUUGUUUGAGACUUCGGCCAAGGAUAACAUCAAUGUCGAAGAGAUGUUCAUGGCAAUAACACGGCAAGUAUUACGGACCAAAAAAGAGCGUAAGGAGCGGCAAGCCAUACAAACCAAUGAAACAGUCAACCUGAGGAAAAGCACAAAACAGCAUAGGAAAAAGUGUUGUUAGCAAGCGUUACGCAUAAGUACACUCGACUCUUUUUAUUUGAAAACCAUUAUUAUUAAUUUGAUACGACAAUUAGGACAGAAUAAAACAGAGAGCAUGUGUUAAGUAUCAAAAGCGGACAUCAGACGCUGGAAACACCCUGUUACAUAUAUAUAUAUAUCUCUUUUGACAUCAACUGAGUUUUUGUAUUUCACAUGAUACCUAAGAUUUGUAUUCUAAUUAAAAUAUACUUUUUGACAUGUCUACUUUUGGUAUGUCAUGUUUAAUAGAAGAAGACAUACAUCACGAGCGAACAUGUAGGGUUUUAUUUAGCGUAAACAAUAAUUUGCGCGGCUAAUCGCUUUUUUACGAUCCUCGAUCUUUUUUUUUCCUCCUGUGUGUGCUGUAUUUAAGAAAAAGCGGCCUAUUCAUCUGUAACAUUUUACGGUAACUCUUUCACACACACAUACACACACAUAUAUAUAAAUAUAUAAAUAUACACAUGUGUAUUCAUACGUACGUGAUAUCAAAAGUUACACGAACGCAUUCCGCAUUAUGUAAUUGUCAAGCGAAACGCAAGUGUCUGCUAAUCUCGUCUUUACAAUUAUUUUUUUAGUCGUGUAAAAUUUAUAUAUCAUUGCGUAUAAAAUUCGCUGCGUUCAACCACAUGAGUUACCAUAUUUUAAAAAUAAUUCGUGUUUAUGAAAAGCGAAAUAGGAUUUUAAGUGUCUUCUUGAACAAACGAACGACAAACGGAUAUUAUUAGAUAGUCCGAAUAAUUCUUAGGAUAUAUUUUUUUUAGUAAAAUUAAGGUUCCUGUGUGGUUUAUACAUGACGCUUUUCAAUUUUCACUCGAUUAAAAUUUCGACAUUUUAAAAAGUUGUGAAAAUGUAACAACGGUAUGCAGCAGUGUGUGUUACACAACUGGUGAACGAAAGAAGUGCUGUGUUUUCCAAAACAAAAAAAAAUCGCUUUCCCGACUAAAAUUUGGUAUAUCGUAUUAUACAAAAAACUUACAAAAAGUUGGAGGAGCAAAAUCAAUUGAAAAAAAAAAAAAAUAAUAAUUUAGAACAUUUACAAGUGAUACACGUUUAUACAACAUGCAAUCGUCAAGUGUUUUGUGAUCGAUCGUGUAUGUAAAAUUUGUGUGCUUUCUCUCUCAACUUUUUCUCAAACUUUCGCUCCAUGUGUAUCGGCUAUGUGAAAUUUGAAACAAUUCAUAUGUACACACGAGAUAUGAUUAGGAAACUUUUUUUUUUUAAUCAUUUAUAAGCAGGAUCCAAUAAAGUUGACUUGACUUGAUUAACGGAAUGAUGAAAUUUGUCAAUGUAAAAUACAUCAAUUAUGUACAUUAUUACUUCCAAAACAACAUACGCGCGCUGUAAAAAAAAAAAAAACUAUUCUUCGCCAUUAAUAACGAAAAUUUGUGUGAAAUUUAUGUAAAUUCACGCGUACGUGCACUUUCGUUAUUAAUCGCGUUUACAUUUUGCAUUUGUUCUUUGUGUACAAUUUUCGCGCAAAUUUACACACUUCUUUUUUUACAGUGUAGCAUAUUUUAUAGUCGUACGUCUCUAAAAAAAAAAAAAAAAUAAAAAUAAAUGUGUUACGCAGUA